CCUCAAAUUAAGCCCUGAAUCAGUAGGUCAAGCCUCAAAUUAAGCCCUAAGUCAAUAGGUCAAGCCUCAAAUUAAGCCCUAAGUCAGUAGGUCAAGCCUCAAAUUAAGCCCUAAGUCAGUCGGUCAAGCCUCAAAUUAAGCCCUAAAUCAGUAUGGGCAAGCCUCAAAUUAAGCUUUAAAUCUGUAUGGGCAAGCCUCAAAUUAAGCCCUGAAUCAGUAGGUCAAGCCUCAAAUUAAGCCCUAAGUCAAUAGGUCAAGCCUCAAAUUAAGCCCUAAGUCGGUAGGUCAAGCCACAAUUAAGCCCUAAGUCAGUAGGUCAAGCCACAAUUAAGCCCUAAGUCAAUAGGUCAAGCCUCAAUUAAGCCCUAAGUCAAUAGGUCAAGCCUCAAUUAAGCCCUAAGUCAAUAGGUCAAGCCUCAAUUAAGCCCUAAGUCAGUAGGUCAAGCCUCAAUUAAGCCCUAAGUCAGUAGGUCAAGCCUCAAUUAAGCCCUAAGUCAAUAGGUCAAGCCUCAAUUAAGCCCUAAGUCAGUAGAUAAAGCCCCAAGUCAGUAAAGGCAAAUCUCAAAUCUAGCCCGAAGUCAGUAGUCUUAAACUUUAAGUCUUAGUCAAGUCACCAAACGCAAUGCCAAUGCACAAUAUUUCCACAAAAAAUAACCUAGGAAUUUUCACAGAUUCACAGUCCUGGGAUACUAUAAAUAACAGAAUCAUUACCGUAAAGCAUUAAAUCAGCACAGGGUGUGAAAAUACAUUAUGAAGACAGUGCUUUUAUCAGGGUAAAAUGUGUUUGUGUUCACCUCACUGUAAGUUCAGUUGCAUGUCAUACAUAACAACAGGCCACAUGUUCCCACAUCCGGACGUUAAAAGUGAACAUCCUGAUGUUGGCACAGCACAUCUUCGUGAUCUGUUUGUUUUUGUUUUGUGUACAAACUGUGCAAAAAAUGAUGGUGCAAAACUUCUAAUAAACAAACAAAUAAACUGUACUAUUGGCUGCAGAAAAUAGAGCAUACCAACCUGAGAGGUGCACAAAUCUGUAUUUCCAUAAUAAUAAUGUGCAUUCUAGACUGUAUAGUUAUAUAAGUCAUAAAAUCCCAUUCAGGCAUGAGCAACUAAAAUAAUUGCUUUAUUAUAAGUCAGUAUGUAACAGAAAUAGCAUAACAUAUUACAAUUUAAUAAUUUAAUGUCAUGUAGAUUAAUCAACUGUCCAAAUGCCCCAAAUUAAACUGUGAACGGUAACUGUAGGGAAUUUGUUAGUGAAACUUGUCAGAUUCCAAUGGAAUGAAAUUUCCUAGUGUAAAUAAAAAAGCCCAAGAAAAAUAUUUACCAUGUUAACCUCUAGGUUAUUGAUUCAGAUACUAUUCAGGAGCUGUUUUGUUUAGCAGAUUUUGUUGGGUUCCAGAAGGAUUUAUUUAAGAGACUGUUCAAUUGAUGCACGUUGUGAUAUUUAUGCAGUGUGGGCCUACCAAAGUUUGUAAAUAGCUCAACUGAUCAAAAAUAAAAAUAAAAUAAGUAUUUUAAAAUAAAACAAAAAUAUUAAAAAAGAUAAACAUAUAUAUAUAAAAAAUAAUAGCACUGGAAGGGUUUGGUAAAGAUCUAGAAAGAUGUUUUAUAGAAGGAAAAAAGACAAUAAUUUCUUUCUUUCUUUCUCUUCCAAGAUAAUUUGAUAAUUUGCAAGCUCAGGCCUUUUACGUUUUAUUUAGACAUUUAUUAAGCAUUGCUGAAUUCAAUGUACAUUUUCCGUUGAAACAGCAGACUAUGGCAUCCACCAGGUCAGCAGUAUCGCAUCAACACCUGUUAUUCAGUGUUUGUGUGCUUUUUAGGUUUAGUUUAUUUUUCUAGCAUUAUUUUGUGCAUACAUAGGGGCUUUAAUUAUGUUCACUGUAUAUGAACUUGUUGUUCUAAGACCAAAUUCAUCUGUCAUAUUUCCAGGAAAGAAGACUCAACAUUGAUAGUCAAAACAAAAAAGUCAGUCAUUCGCAGCCUAAUAAGGGAGUUCCUAUUUGUCCCACACUUUUAAAAAUAAAGGCAACAUAAACUGUUCUGUGUAAUGAUGUCACACUUUUUAAUCUACUUUUUUUAUAGGACAUCUGCCAUUCUGCCAAAAUGCAGUUCCAUAACAAGUGAACUGUAACAGCUAUACAGCUAUAACAACUGUAUACAGGCUAACACCAUGAACGUUAGCUUAAAAUUUACAUUUUAAAUAAGCAGGAACAGUGAAAUAUAAGGUGGUCGGUAAAAGUUAGGACUGUGAAAUAACGCUGAGGCUCUCCUCUCCUGCUCCGCAUAGUAAUUUCUGCCUGUUUGCUGGGUGGUGUUGGUUGGCAGGGUAGCUGCACCUGCAGGACUGUGGUUAGGUUAGCGCAGCUUGCUUUAGCUUAGCAUUAGCUUAGCCUAGCCAGGCUGGUUACAGUUCUGGCUAUCAGACUGUGGCCGAGGUGACAGAUGGAUUUUUUUUUUUCAGCACAGUGGGCUGAGGGUGAGUGUGCCUUGGCUAAGCGCUAGCCUGUGCUAAGCUAAUGCUGCUGCUGGAGGUGAUGAUUUAAAACCGUCCUUUGUGUAUAUCCCAUUACUCGGCAAUGCUUCCACAGAGUGAUACCGAUUUAGUGUAAAUAUUCUGUGCUGUUAUCACAAAUAUCAGCACGGUCAGAACACUUCUCAACCAAUCGGAUUUUGAGGUCGGAACUAACUGUUGUGUUAAGGUUGAAUGAACCAUGAUUCAUCUUUUAAAGUGCUUGUUCUAGAAGCAAAAAAAAAAAAAACUCCCUUCAAAACAAAAUAGUGCAUAAAACCUAAACCUCACCUUAAUCUCUUAAUCUCUUUAAUUCCCAACAUAAAUUACAAUCUUUGGACGUUUCCUGCUUUGUUGAAAUAAGAGACAUAAUAGUCUUUUACAUCUUACAAGGCACCUGUUUCAUGCCUCAUUCAUUCAAUAAUAUCAAAUAGCGGCGUAAUGACCUGGCUCAGUUUACAGACUAUCGUUCGAAACAUAAUGACUGAUAUUCUACAUUCAAAUGAUCCCAUUCUCAUGUUUAGAAGAAUGGAACAUUCGAUGUGAGAUCAGGACACACUGGCCUACAUAACUGCACAAUUCACCCCAAAUCCCCCACUUACAGAAAGAAAACUGUACAGAAGUGUCACUGGGGUUGUGUCCUCAAGUGUGUACCUUCUGUACCUGCAGUUAAGGGACAUAUUUUUAUAACAGACCUUUGUAGUUGUUUUUGACUACCGUUCGGAACACAGAUGGACAUUAGGGAUCAUGCUCUACUUUUGAAGGGACCAAAGUUAAACAUACGUUUUUUUUUUUUCUAACAGUUUUACAUUCAAUUUAUUUUCUUUUUAAAUCCAUGCUUUCUCUUGCAAGCAGCUGCAGCUGUUUGUUGCAUUCUGUAUUUUGUGAGCUCCAAUAAAAAAAUAGAAGUUUUCUUGCUGGCCAAAAGCACUUCGUUUUCUGGGAACAAGAACAUGAGUUUCUCCAGCUCGCGUCCUGUUUGUGUCCAGUUUGCCCAGCCCUAAACUCCCGGUCUGUCCCAACCAGGUGUUGAAGUGUCCCAAACAGCUGAUCUCUGUGUACAGGUAAACAACCUCGCCUUUUAAAAAGGGACCAUUCAAAAGUCUGGCUUUUAGACAAGAUUUAGGAAAAGGACAAGAAUCUGUGUAAAAAAGUUGGAUUGAGUGAGAGACAGAGAUUUUUUUUUUUUUUUGCAUUUUGCCAUUUUUACCUGUUUCCUGAAUGUCUACAUAGAAAACUUUACCACAGACUGAGCCUCUUCCAGUCUUCACCAUGGCUCCAUCUUUACGACAGUGGCUUAGAGACUACCUGGCCGAGCGCCGGAUCCGGCGAAGCCGCCUAGUGACCAAAAGCGGCCACUGCAACAUUGAAUACGGCAGCGUGAGGUACAAGAACGUCUUCGCCUACCUGCAGGACUCCUGGUCCACGUUCGUGGAGGUCAGCUGGUACUCCUUCAUGUUCUUCUAUGUGGCAUCGUUCAUUUUCAGCUGGUUCAUCUUCACGCUGAUCUGGUAUUGGGUUGCCAGGGAUAACCAGGACUUGUGGUAUCAGAACCCGCCUGAGAACCACACUGCAUGUAUUCUGAAUAUGAAUGACUUGGUCACUUCGUAUCUCUACUCUGUGGAGAGUCAGCUGACCAUUGGCUUUGGGUACCGGGUCAUUACACCAUUUUGCCCUAGUGCCAUCGUGGUCAUCAUGACCCAGGUUUUGCUUGGUGCGGUCAUCUCCUGUUUCUGGUGCGGCGUGCUCGUUAACAGGAUCGCUUUGCCCAAGAAACGAGCCAAAGCUGUGACGUUUAGUGACAUGGCCGUCAUCUCCUCCAAACAGGAUGCCCUCUGUUUGCAGAUACGUGUCGGCAAUCUUCGCAAAAGCUUGCUGCUUGGCAGUCAGAUCUACGGCAAGCUGAUUAGGACGAGUGUCACACCUGAGGGCAAGACCAUCAUCAUAGAGCAAGUGAACAUCGACUUUAUGGUGGACGCCGGCAAGGACAACCUCUUCUUCGUCUGCCCGUUGACCCUAUACCAUGUGAUCGACAAGUCGAGUCCAUUCUUCCAGAUGGCAGUGGACGUUCUGCCCCGCCAGGAGUUCGAGCUGGUGGUGUUUCUGGAUGGCACAGCCGAGUCUACCAACUCCUCCUGCCAGGUCAGGACAUCCUACAUCCCCCAGGAAAUCAUGUGGGGAUACAAGUUCCUGCCCAUCAUCUCCCGCAGCAAAAACAAAAAAUACCACGUGGACUUCACCAACUUCUCCAAAACUGAGCCGGUGCCAACUGCACACUGUGCCUACUGCUACCAUGAUGUCAACUGCCACAACCCAAACUCUGAUGCAGAUGGCAUCGAAAACAAGGGCUUUGAGACAAUUGAAAUUGAACAAACUACAGACUUUAGUAGUUCUACCACCAAAAUGUGAUAAAUAGGGCGUAAUAAUCACAACCAGAAAUGUUAACAGACUAGAAUAGAGACUAAAAAAGGAAGCACCUUGACGAUUAUGUCAAUAAAAGUUUAAAUUUAUAUAAAAACAACCAAAAAUAUAGCCGCAAGCGGCAAUCAUCGGGUUCAAGCACCAACUUGCACAAUGGUGCCUACUGGAGCAUUGAAUGGUGAUGUGUAAGAAGGUCUAAUAUGAUUGGAGAUGCCCUGUCACAUUUAGAAAUUAUCAAGUUUUUCACCUGUUAUUAAUGUUGAGCAGAGGCCUUUCAACCUGAUCAGUGCUUAAAUUCACAUGUAAAUCUAGUGAACUUUGUAAUAUAUUCAUUAAGUGAGUUAGAACUAGUCAAAAGGUGUCUACAUGCUAUUGGUAUUGAUCAGGUGGCUUCAACCAGAAUGUUCACAAAGUGGUAUUCAGAUUGACCUUUGAACCUUUGCAGAACAAG